CCAACUUCUCUCAGACUCAGUCAAAACAAACCGAAGUCGUCUCUCUCUCUCUCUCGGUCUUCCUCUCACUCUCCCGUCUCCUUCCAAGCAACAUCUCCUCGCAGCCUUGUAUAUAACCCCACUAUGGCACUUCCCCUCCCACUCACUAAAAACGAAGCAAAGAAGACCUGCUUGUUUUUUUCUCUCAGAUCAAUCUCUAAAGCAGCCUCAAUUUUUAGUUUUUUGUUAAACUCCCUCGACCAUGGUUGCUGACGAUCCCAGUCCACAUCUGAGACCGAUUGUGAUCCGAGAGGUCUGGGCGGCUAAUUUGGACUCUGAAUUUGAGCUGAUAAGGGAUGUUAUCGACAGCUAUCCCUUUAUUUCCAUGGACACUGAGUUCCCCGGCCUUGUUUUCAGGCCUGCUUUGGAUCCCGCCAAGCCGUACUUUGGUCAGCUUGAGCCGUCCGAUCAUUACCGGGUUUUGAAGAGCAACGUUGACGUUUUGAACCUUAUCCAGGUGGGCCUCACUCUCUCCGACGCCGACGGGAACCUUCCGGACCUCGGUACUGGGAACCGGUUCAUCUGGGAAUUCAACUUCAGCGACUUCGACGUGGCGCGUGAUACCCACGCCCCCGACUCAAUCGAGUUGCUGAGACGGCAAGGGAUUGACUUCGAUCGAAAUAGGGAGGAGGGAGUUGACUCGGCCCGCUUUGCCGAGCUGAUGAUGUCAUCUGGACUAGUUUGCAACGAUUCGGUGAGUUGGGUGACGUUCCACAGCGCAUACGACUUUGGAUACCUGGUGAAGAUAUUCACGCGCCGGAGCCUGCCGAGUAGGUUGGAAGAAUUCUUGAAAAUUUUGAGGGUGUUUUUCGGAAACAAUGUUUACGACGUCAAGUACAUGAUGAGGUUCUGUAAGAGCUUAUAUGGCGGCCUGGACCGGGUCGCCAGGACCCUAGAAGUGGACCGGGCGGUUGGGAAAUGCCACCAGGCGGGUUCAGAUAGUUUGCUGACGUGGCAUGCCUUCCAAAAGAUGAGGGAUGUGUAUUUUGUAACCGAUGGGCCGGAAAAACAUGCGGAUGUCUUGUAUGGCUUAGAAGUGUUUUAAAAAUUGAAAAUAAUUAUAUAUUCAUUCUUUAUUCUAUUAAAAAUAAAAACUUGUUUG